UUGGUUAAUAGAGUAUCAGCAAAAUGUAUAUAUCAGGCUUCCAAAGCACAGUGGUUUAUUUGUCUCUGUCCUCUGCAAAUCACCUUUUGAAAAAACAGAAGAUGGUUACUAUAUAUUUCCUCUUCGCAUUGGUUUAUCAACUGUGUGUUUGUAAAUACGUUUCAGCAGCAUGUGGCGGACCACCAGAGCUCAACAAUGCACACGUUGUGAAUGGAAAGAAAGUCUAUGAACCUGGUGAAGAAGUGGUAUAUUCCUGUAACCCCGGGUAUGCAGGACAUGGCUACAACAAGCUUGUCUGUCCAAAGGCUGGUAUUUGGAACAGGCCCAAACUUCACUGUGAACCAAGGUCUUGUCCAGUUCCAAAAAUGCUGGAAAAUGGAGAAAUGCAUGCAACGGAGUUCAAGCUUGGGAAACAGGUUUACUACCAUUGCAAUGAAGGGUUCAUUCUUAGAGGAAAAAUGAACAGCACCUGCCAGGCUGAUGGGACUUGGAGUGAUCAGCAACAAUUCUGUGAACCCGUGCAAUGUUCACCCCCAACUGUACCAAUAAAUGGGAAAGUCAAAUUUCAUCCAACACACCGGCCCAAUAACAUUUCUGUCUUUGGUGACGUGAUUACGUAUGAAUGCAUGCAAGGCCUGGCUUUGAUUGGAAAUGAAACGGGCUUCUGCCAAGCCAAUGGAAAAUGGUCAAAUGCACCUCAAUGUAAAGAAGUGAAAUGCCCACCUCCACCAAAAAUAGUGAAUGGAUUUAUGGUAUUUGCCUUUAAAAACAAAUAUAAUUUUGGAGAGUCUGUUGAGUAUGGCUGCAUUCCAAAUUAUGUCCUGGAUGGUCCAAGGGAAGUAACAUGCCAGAAGACAGCGCGAUGGACUGAGAUACCCAGCUGUCAAGCUCCUUGCACUAUAUCUAUAAGGGGUCGUAUAUUCUACAAUGGGAAAAAAAUCUGGUCAGAAAAUCUCCCAGAUAAGAGAAUACUGCACAGAGAAAGAGUGGCUUUUUACUGCUACGACAAACAAAGAAAAUGUGGAUACCCAGUCCUGACUCAGUGCAUUGACAGCAGACUUCAAAUUCCUUCAUGCUAUCAAGAACCCUCAUAUUUAACCUACCAGGUUAGAGCCAAAUCACUUCCAUCAGAGAUAAAACAAUGUUAAAGCAGGUGCUCUGCAACCACUGCCAUCAGCCAAGUAUCAUUUACAAGGGAUAUAUGAUUCCACCAGUGAUUCAAAGUUCACUUAUAUCACAAUUGGUUACAUAAUACUCGUAAGAUUGUGGGUGCAGCAACUAAUCUUUUUUUGGACAGAUUAUGGAUGAUUUUCCUAUCAGAGAUCACUUCAGCUGUCAUAUACUGAAACAGUGGUAAAUAUCAGUGUUUGGUAUUUUUAUUUGCGACUUGUUUGUCACCAAAAUCCACAUUUAAAUACAUUCCUUGGGAAUGACACUGCAGCAUAAAUUAUAGUUUGGUUGACAUGUGAAAUCAUUACAACUAUUAAAAUCUAUGUAAAUUGAA